AUGGCUUCGGCUCGCCUCCUCACCAUUAUCGCGGCGGUCCUCGGCGUGUUGACGCCGUUGGUGUACCUGCUUGAGCAGAACCUCGAGUCCUUCUACAUCUUCCAGCCCGAACAGCUUCACGACCUUGCCAAGCGCGGCAUCGCGGCUCAUGGCAACGACACCCGAGGCGUUGUUAGGUACAUUGUCGAGGAGUUGAACACUCAGGUUGGCACCAAGAGCCACAUCAACCUCGAUGAGGAAUGGGUCUUCAACAAUGCUGGCGGCGCAAUGGGAGCUAUGUAUAUCAUUCACGCCAGUGUCACGGAAUACCUGAUCAUCUUCGGAACAGCUAUUGGCACCGAGGGCCACACGGGACGCCACACCGCCGACGACUACUUCCACAUCCUCUCCGGCGAGCAGUGGGCCUACACUCCGGGCGAGUACGAGCCCGAGGUCUACCCUCAGGGCAGCGUGCACCACCUGCAACGCGGCACCGCCAAGCAGUACAAAAUGCCCGAGGGCUGCUUCGCGCUCGAGUACGCCCGUGGCUGGAUCCCGCCCAUGCUGUUCUUUGGCUUCGCCGACGGUCUCUCCAGCACGCUUGAUUUCCCUACGCUCUAUCGCACUACUGUUGUGACGGGCAGGGAGAUGAUCUCGAAUCUGCUGAAGGGCAAGUUCUAA